AGAUAGGUAAUUAAUAAAAAUUCUUCAUUCAUUCAACAAGCACUUACUAAGCAUACUAUGCAUAUACUGUAGUGUUAAGUGGGUUUUAAUAUUAAGUUUUACUUGUUACCUUUAAUAACCAGAUAGAUUCUUGAAUUCAUGUUAACUGCUUUGGUCUUACAUGGUAACCUUUUUUUUUCACUUUUGUUCUAGAUGCCUGGAAUGAUGUCUUCUGUGAUGCCUGGAAUGAUGAUGUCUCAUAUGUCUCAGGCUUCCAUGCAGCCUGCUUUACCGCCAGGAGUAAAUAAUAUGGAUGUAACAGCAGGUACAACAUCCGGUGCAAAAUCUAUGUGGACUGAACAUAAAUCACCUGAUGGAAGGACUUACUAUUAUAAUACUGAAACAAAACAGUCGACUUGGGAGAAACCAGAUGAUCUUAAAACACCAGCUGAGGUAAAAGUUUGAGGGCUGGAAGUUGUGGGUUGUUAAG